GACCCAACCUGCCUGCUGCGCUGUGGAGAGGAGGGAGGGAAGGAGAUGGGAGGGCCCGUGUCAGUCUUGCAGAGCCCUUGCUUUGUAGUGAGCCUUUCCAUCUCUCUCCUGCACCCCACCCCACCCGCCGGCCACUGGUGCCUGUGUCCUAGAGGGGCUCUUCUUUCUCCUCUCCCCUUUCCCCUCCCACCUUUAGCCCCCUUCUCUUUCUGGUGAAGGCCUUAUCAUCAAAGAGGUUUCCCAUCUUUGCUGUUUCUUUUUGCUACUUGCUAUCCAUGCAAUGCCUGGUUCUUGCUUCCCUGGAAGAAAAAGAGGCCUCUGCACAGCAGCCCCUGUGAGAGCGAACCACAGCUGCCUUCUUUCAUCUGGUGGGCACGUGCCCACUCCCAGCCCUGUGCCCCAGCAGUGCGCUAUGAGCAGAGGUGUCGCUCAAGGCAGAGGUUCAAAUCAGGCACCCCCAAAACAUUGCGGCCACUCUAACCCAGCUUUCUUUAACGAUCCUCUUGUCCCGCAGGGAGGCGGCCUCGAGGAUUUUCGCCAGCGACAGGUCCUCUUCCUACACGGGCAGCUUGCCGAAGCUCCACUGUGGCAGCCCCAGGCGCAGCGACCCCCAGCAAGCCAGUGCUUCGGCCGAGGUCCAAAGGCCUCCUCCCCGCCCUCUCCACAGGCUGCCUGGCAUAGCAGUUGGGGUGCAGCCAGAAGACCUUCCUGCAACAAUAGCUGGCAAGGACAGAAGCAGCCUUUCCAGCCCCAGCCAAGGCACGGUGGCAGAAAUCCGAGGAGUGGAGUUGACGGGCUCAUCUCAGACAUCCAGGGUCUGAGUCUCUCCGGCCAAGGCAUUGAGCAGAGGCUCUUGGAGAUCUUGGGGCAGCUGAAACCCGGGCAGGCUGAAUCAGCUCGCUGCCUUGCCCGUAAGCUUGACGUCCAGAAGAAGGAGGUCAACCACCACCUCUACAGGCUUCAGCAGCGAGGGCGGUUGUGCAAGAUAGGGGAGUCCCCUCCAUUGUGGAGGUUAGCAGACAGCCCUAAGCCCCCCCAGGGAGAGGUGAGAUACGAGAGCGCCACCAGCUGGAGGGACCAGUGGCAGCCACCAAGUUCUGGGAUCCAAGAAGCAGAGGAGUGCUCUGCCUCUGAUCCGGAGGACUAUUCUGAUUCCGCCGUGAUGGCUGAGAUCAAGGAGAAGAUCUGCAACUUCUUGUUUGGUGUCACGGACUCGACGGCACACAACCUUGCCAAAAACAUCGGUUUGUCCAAGGCCAGGGAUGUGAACUCCACCCUGCUGACCUUGGAGAAGUUGGGGGAAGUGUACAAGGAGAACGCCAACCCCCCCAAGUGGUCCCUCACCGACAACAAACGCAAGCGGAUGCAGAUCAAACUAAAAGCCGAUGAGGUCAGAGAAGUGGCCCCUCCGGACCCCGAGCCUCCGACUCUUUGCGUGGAGCCAGAGCUGUCCACCAGCGUGCCACCAGAGCUGUCCACCAGCGUGCCAACUCCUCCUCUUCCUUCUCCUUCGCCGCCGCCGCCACCGCCACCGCCUCCGCUGCUAGAGGGUGAUGAGGAGAAAGUGGAGAAUGGGCAGCAGGCGGCCGAGCCAACAGAGCAGGGCGAUGCUUGUCCUCUCCGGACAGGCCCCCCUCGCAAGCGAUCCAGGUACCACUGGUUUCCCAAUUACGACAAUUUCGAGAAUGGCAAGUGGGCCACAGACGACAUCCCGGAGGAUCUGAAUGCCAUCAACAACCAGGACGAAGAGUCCCGGUGCAUCAUGGAGUCCCCUCUAUCCCCCAGCUACGCGGCUCAGUUCGACACAGCCUUCCUGUGCACCCCCUUGGAAAAGCUAAUGGCUUGCCAGAAGAAAAACCCCGUCAGCGGCUUGAUCGAAUACACCCAGUACACGUACCAGCAUUGUGAGUUCGUCUUGCUGAAGCAGAGCGGGCCGUCGCAUGAGCCACGGUUUAAAUUCCAAGCUGUGAUCGAUGGCCGCCGGUUCCCCCCAGCGGAGGCGGGCAGCAAAAAGUUGGCCAAGCAGGAAGCCGCUGCCCACGCCAUGAAGAUCCUCUUGCAUGAAGCCGAGCACGAAGGGGAGGAUGGCAUGGCGGUGGAGAAAUCCUUCUAUGAGGACAGUUCCCCCAGUGAAUCGGAGACGCCUGACCAACCUGAGCCCGAGCCCGAGCCUUCGUCGACAACGCCGCAGCUGAGCCUGCUUUCUGGAAAGAACCCCGUCAGCGCCCUGAUGGAGUACGCGCAGAAGUCAGGGCGUGUCUGCGAGUUCCAGCUACUCUCUCAGGAUGGCCCUCCCCAUGAUCCCAAGUUCACAUACUGCGUGAAAGUGGGUGACCGUGUUUUCCCUGCCGUGGUAUCCAACAGCAAGAAGGGAGCGAAGCAGAUGGCGGCCGAGGCCGCCAUGAGGGGCCUCAGCGGGGACACGAGCAACUUACCUGAGCAGACAGAGACCCAGGGUGACCAGCCUGCGGAAGUGCCUGGUGGCCAGCUUGCAAAUCUGGAGGAGACAAAGGCAGCGAGCACUAAGGGUGUCGGCGAGUUGAUUAAGUACCUGAACUCCAACCCGGUCAGUGGCCUUCUGGAGUACGCCCGGGCCAACGGCUUUGCUGCUGAGUUCAAGCUGAUCGAUCAGACUGGGCCUCCCCAUGACCCCAAGUUUGUCUUCCAAGCCAAAGUGGGAGGGCGCUGGUUCCCAGCGGUCACAGCGCACAGCAAGAAGCAAGGCAAGCAGGAAGCGGCCGAUGCGGCGCUCCGUGUCCUGAUUGGGGAGACGGAGAAGGCGGAGCACACUGAAGCGCUGGCUGUCACAGAGCUCCCUGUGAGCGGAAGCACCCUCCACGACCAGAUUGCUAUGCUGAGCCACCAGCGAUUCAACACACUCACUGCUCGCAUCCAGCACAGCUUGCUCGGGCGCAAGAUCCUGGCCGCCAUCAUCAUGAGGCGAGGACAAGAGGGCCUUGGUGUCGUAGUGAGCAUUGGAACAGGGAAUCGCUGUGUAAAAGGGGAGGAGCUAAGCCUGAAAGGGGAGACGGUAAAUGACUGCCAUGCAGAGAUCAUUUCCAGGAGGGGCUUCAUAAGGUUUCUCUACAACGAGCUCAUGAAGUUUGACCCCUCUGCACCCGAAGACAGCAUCUUUCAGCCCCUGGAGGAUGGCAAGCUGAAGAUCAAAGACGACAUUACCUUUCACCUGUACAUCAGCACGGCACCUUGUGGAGACGGGGCUCUCUUUGACAAAUCCUGCAGCGACCAGGCCAACACAGCCGGGGAGGACCAGCAUCAGCCUCUCUUUGAGAAUCCCAAACAGGGAAAGCUCCGCACCAAGGUGGAAAAUGGGGAAGGCACUAUUCCGGUGGAGUCGAGUGACAUUGUGCCAACCUGGGACGGAAUCCAGCAUGGCGAACGCCUCCGCACCAUGUCCUGCAGCGACAAGAUCCUGCGCUGGAACGUGCUUGGCCUGCAGGGGGCGCUACUCUCUCACUUCCUGCAGCCCGUCUAUCUCCGCUCGGUCACACUUGGCUACUUGUUCAGCCAAGGUCACCUGACGCGCGCCAUCUGCUGCCGCAUGUCGAGAGAUGGCAACACAUUCCAGUCCGGGCUCCCCGAGCCGUAUUUUGUCAAUCACCCCGAGGUUGGCCGAGUCAGCGUCUACGACUCCGCAAGGCAGACAGGCAAGACAAAGGAAUCCAGUGUCAACUGGUGCCUGCCAGACGACUCUGAAGUUGAAGUCCUGGAUGGCACAAAAGGCAAAAUAGACGGACCAAAACUGGACGUGUCCCGGGUCUCCAAGCGGAACCUGUUUGCACUCUUCCAGCUGCUGUGUGCCAAGAUGGAUCGCAAGGGCCUGCAGAAACUGACCGUGUACUCGGAGGCCAAGGAGGCGGCCAUCACGUACCAGAGUGCUAAGCGGCAGUUCUUCUGGGCCUUGCAGGAGAUGGGCUACGGUAGCUGGAUCUGCAAACCCCAAGAAGAGAAGACCUUUGGUCUGUCUGAAGUCUAGCAAGCUGUUCACUUUUUUUAAAAAAAAGUUUGUUUUUUUGGCUGCAGGGGGGUGAAAGGGAAGGGGGUAUUUUUUAUGAUUUUAGGUUGUGUGUUUUGUUUUUUAACGGAAGCAGGAAUGUUAAUUUAGGGUUAUGGAUUUCUGCUGAGGCCCUCCUUCCGAUUUAAAUUGGCAGCACGUUUUAACUCUGUUGGGGGGAGGAGCUAGGGGGGUCUUCCUCCCCUUUAAUUCCCCCCUCUCUUGUCAGCGGACAUUGCAAAGGCUUGAUCUGAGUAUGCAUCCCUGAGAGAGUGAGAGAGAUCCACCAGCAUCCACACUUGUCUGUGACAACACCCUCUUUCCCUCCCCAUUAGUCAAUAGACUGCCUUCCAUGCCGCCUCCCUGCUUUUACAGAAAAUCCAUUAUUUCAACCUUUCCCUUUUUUUAAAAAAAAAAAGCUGUGAAUUGGUGCAUACACUCUGUUUUCCACACAGCAGCUCUGUUAUUUCUCCCCCACCCCACCCCGAGUUAUCACAGUGGUUCUUGGGGGAACAUCUUAGAGAUUUCCUUUCUCACUUGAGUUUGAUGUUGUGGUUUUUUUAAAAACCUUUCUUUUUAGCUCCAGAUUCUACCUUUACUCAUCACACAGCCAGGUCACAGUACAAAACAUUUUGGGUUUUGUAGAGAAUCAUUCCAGACAACUCUCCAGCAAAAAAUAAAAUGAAAUCUUUGGAAUGGUGACACAUCAGCGGAGGCUGAUUUUCUACUUCCUCCCCUGACCCCAGCAAGGCAGCCCAGCCUUCUUGAGGUCGUUCUUCACAACUUUUCCCCACGUUGUCCAAAACCCCUUUCCUAGCACUCUGCUGUCAUGAGAGCCAGCUGGCUUCAUUUUAUUUUUACCUAACCAGCGAGCGCGACUGCCUCUUUCAGCUGGAGGUGAUGAGUUCACUGGAUCAAGCCCGGCCCUCGUGGUUCCUCCUCUUUCUGACUCUCUCUUUCCCACCUCCCCCAUCAUCUGUCUCUCACCUGAGCCGCCAUGUAAAGGUGAUCCGGAAACCCGUUGGCAGCCUGUAAGCCUCAAGGUGAAGGGGGCUGCGGCAGCAGGAAUCUGCCGUCCAGCAAGAGCCUUUAGCCAAAAGAAGAGUGGCCAAAAUGCCAGGGGAGCCAAUGUGGUGCCCUCCAGAAGUUGUUGGGCUCCAUCUCCUGUCAUUUCUAGCUGCAGGUCUGGAACGAUGAGAAUAGUCCUCCAGCAGUAUCUGGAGAGCGCCAGGUUGGCCACCCUAGGGCUAAGGGUUAGGGUCACGCUGGGCAUCAAAGCAAACUCUGGCGUCUGCUGCAGUGUUGCACAUCCGCUGCGCCUUCUGAGCAUGUGGGAAGCUGCCUUUCACCCGACACUCUCCCCCGUGACCCCCAGUCCCCAACAAUCCCAUCUCCUGGAAUGGGCACUCAGACCUUCUUCCUAGCAUUUUUGAGGUGACUUUCUCCCUUUUGCUGGAGUACAACCACGUGACGAGUUUUUGUAUAGGGAUGUGAUGAUGUCUGGAGCUGCUACCUUGCUAGGAGCCCCCGUUUUGCCCUCGUUCGCACAGUUGACAGCUGAGGAGGCAAAGCUGUCUUCCAGACUUUGUACCACUUUUCAGGCAGUGGGUGGGUGAGUUGUGUGGCUUAAUCCUCUUUCCCCCCCACCCCGGCCCAGAAA